AAAACAAAUUAUGGAUUUUUGGAGGUGGAAUUAUAGCUAAUGGAAAUUUUGCUCCAACGUCAAAUGUAUUUUAUGUAGACUUGACAAAAAAAUUUGAUGUAGACAAAGUUGCAUUUGUGGAUUUAACACUUCAAGAGGAAAGCCCAUUUGUAUGCGCAUGGUGUCUAAGUGCUGUUGGCGGAAAGGAUAAUUUAACGGUAUUUUUUUUUGCUGGAUUAAUGUUAGAUCCAGCUUCCUUGAAAGCAACAACUUCAACAUCUUAUUCAUUUGAUAUUAAAACUAGAAAAUGGUCAGUGGCAACUUUCACUGGUUCACCUUCUAAACGUAGAGAAUUACAACCUGCUACUGAUGCAAAUGGAAAAAUUUAUAUGUUUGGUGGUGGUGCUGAUCUUGCUUUAGAUGUUAACCCUCCUGAAGUUUAUGAUGACAUGUAUAUUUUGAAUUCUUUAACUUUGGAAGGGACUACGGGUUCCAGGUUAAAUCGUCCUUUUCCUAGAAUUGAUUAUACUGCUACUAUGUUACCUGAUGGUAUUAUUGUUUACAUCGGUGGAUCGGAAGCUAAUUCGGACCUUAAUUUUGUUAACGUUGAUAUAAAUAAGAUUCAGAAAUAUGAUACAAAAUCAAAUACUUGGUCACAAACGCUUGCAACCGGUGAAAAAACUAAUAAUAGAGCUGGACAUUCAGCUGCAUUAGCCAAGAAUGGACAAAUAAUAGUUUUUGGAGGAAUAUAUUUACCAGCAUUAUUAGCAUCUUCUCCACAAGUCAUGAUAUUGGAUACUUCAACUCCAGACUACAAGUGGAUUAAACCUCCAAUUAUGACCGGAACGGGAACGGGAACGGAACAACCACCUGACCUUUUAUUUCAUACCGCAACUAUUGUCGAAAAAUACAUGAUAAUUGCUUUCGGAAAUAGAACCUUGAAUGAUAAUGAGAAAGGACAAAGUGGUAGAUUAUACCUUUUAGAUCUAGAAAAAAUGGAAUGGAUCAAAACCUAUAAUCCACCUAGUGAUUUGACAAAGCCUUCUGUCAAUGAUACUUCGGAAACAAACAAAAAAUCAACAAAUAAAGUAAUGAUCAUUUCAAUAGUUGUUGCGGUAGUUUUAAUUUGUCUUGGAACCGCGUCAAUUGGAAUAUUUUAUUAUAAAAAAAGGCAAUUAAAUCCUCAAAAUUCUAAUGGUACUCCUACUUUCGCUUCUCAACCGCCACCUAAUGUAAUGAAUCAACAAAUGCGACAAUAUCAAGCUCUUCCAACACCAAACAAUCAUCUGCAGCAGCCGCAGCUACCGCGGCAACCGCUGCCUAGAAAUAGUUUAUCCGCUACAUAUAACCAACAUCAUAACGAAAAUUUGCCUUCAGCUGAUUAUAAUAAUAAUGCAGUACAAUCCCAAAGGGGAUUUGAUGUUCCUCCUGAUCAACCGUACGGUGUCGUUAUUUAUAAUACUGAAUCUGGUGAAAUGUACGUCCCACAAAAUAUGUCAACGUCAUCAUUUCCUAAUCCUAAUUCCAACAAUUAUAUGAAAUGA